AUGAUCCAGAAAGAGCUUAUUGCCCUGAAAAAGAAGGUUCUUUCUUUGAAAAGGGAAGGGAAAUUAGAUGAGGCAGAAGAAGAAUUGAAGAAUGCAAAGGUCCUUGAGGAGCAGCUAGAAGAGCUGAAUAAAGCUCCCAAAGUCGAUCACCCAAGCGCUAGCAAUAAGCAAACUUCCAAUAUUACAACAAUUGAUCUCGGAAAUGAAGCAGAAGUGACAGAUGUCAAAGAUCACGACAUGAAUGAUCCUACUUAUCUUUCACUUUUGAAGAACUUUGGGUGGGAGGAGGAAAAUAAUGAAAACGUUCCAACCACUUCUUCCAAAGAAAAUAAAAGUGCUUCUAAAUACACUGGUCACUCAUCAGUCUCCUCUGUCACACAGGCCAAUGCCAACUUUGAGACUGGGACAUCUAGAAAAAGUAAGAGUGAUAUUCAGAGAGAACUUUUAGGGUUAAAAGGAAAAGCUCAUGCCCUGAGACGCCGAGGAGAGGUUGAGGAGGCAGAUGAAGUGCUAAAACUGGUCCGAUUGUUGGAGAUGCAGUUGCAAGAGUUUGAAGUACCAAUACAAAAAGAAGUUUUGACUGAAAAUAGUGGAGGACAUUCUUCCGUGGAUGCUUCACAAAAUGCCCUUUCUCUUCAGAUGGAUGGCCUCAAUAGCCUCGUCGAAGAUUUAGGAAGCAAAAAUAAGAUCACAGCGGAGAAACCAGAAGUUCGUGAAUCCAUGCAGCCACAUAUUCGUGAGCCAAACUCUACUCAAGCAACUAUGUCUCAACUUGAGUCAAGUUCCUUUGAACAAGAUAUCAUGGCACAUAAGUGGAAGGCUGUCACCUUGAAGAGAGAGGGGAAAUUAGUGGAAGCGAAGGAGGAGCUUCGAAAGGCAAAGCUCUUAGAAAAGCGCAUGGAGGAGGAUAGAUCUCAUCCUAACACUAGCUCUAGUUAUACAUCAGCCUCUGAUGUCUCUUCUGUAGAAAGGAAAGAGGCCAGUCCAAAGUCAGUCUCCAAGCCAUUGUCUGGCCGUGAUCGGUUUAAACUGCAGCAGGAGUCGCUUAGUCACAAACGUCAAGCACUUAAGCUACGAAGGGAAGGUAGAAGGGAAGAAGCUGAUGCUGAAUUUGAACUGGCAAAAGCUCUUGAAUCCCAAUUGCAGGAGUUGGAUGCACAUAAUAAAACAGGGACUUCUGAAAAUGCUGAAUCAGUGGAUGAUGUUAGUGUUGAGGAUUUUCUCGACCCACAACUUCUGUCUGCUUUGAAUUCAAUUGGAAUGGAACACACCAGAACUAAGCCCCAAAGCAUUGAAAGACCUGAGUCAAAUAAAUCUGUGAUAUCAAAAUUGGCAAUGCCAAUGAAGAGAGAGAGAGAGCAGUUAGUUGAAAGGAUCAAGGCAGAGAAGGUGAAGGCAGUGAGCUUAAAACGUUCUGGAAAGCAAGCCGAGGCCCUGGAUGCUCUUCGGAGGGCCAAAUUUCAUGAAAAGAAGUUGCAGUCCUUAACUUUCCAGACGUCUAUGGUUGCUAUUUGUAACUCAAUUAUGAUUGAAAAAAUGAAUGCAGUAUCAAGACUUAGCAUGGUGAAGGCCAGCUUUUUGCCAAGUGAAGGAACCAUCUUUAAAGAAAUGAGCUUGACACAAUCGACUAAGUUAAAUAAACUUCAUCCUAGUUGA